UAUUUUCCGUAUCCAUACAGCUCCGAUACUCUUGUGGGUGACCUGAGAACGGCCCUUCUACCAGUUGCAAUCAUGGCCUUGGCAUCCUUUGUGAGCACUAUCGGUUUGACCUGUUUUAUCACCCACCGCAUGAUCUUCUGGAGGAAGUACUAUCGCACUUAUCCUGGCUAUAAUCAGUACCUCCUCUUGAUCUUUAACCUCAUCCUCGCCGAUUGCCAGCAGUCAAUAGCCUUUCUUAUUAGUUUCCAUUGGAUCGCGAAGAAGGGUAUCCUGGCUCCAACCGCAGCUUGCUUUAUUCAAGGAUGGCUUGUCCAGGUUGGAGAUGUUUCCAGCGGCAUUUGGGUAUUAUCUAUUGCUAUUCAUACCUGGUUUUCGGUCGUUAGAGGGCGCCAAGUAGAAUAUGUCCGCUUUUGUUGUUGCCUUAUUGGGAUCUGGGUUUUCAUUAUGCUCCUAGCAAUUAUUGGACCCAUUGCGCAUCCGAAGAAUUACUUUGUGGACACUGGGGCUUGGUGCUGGAUAAACCCAGAUUAUUUUAAAUAUCGUCUCGGCCUCCACUAUUUUUGGAUUCUCCUCUCACAGUUCGGCAGCGUAGUAAUAUACGCUUACAUUUUUUGCCUCCUCCGACACCGCAUAAAGCAGGUGCUUCCCGCUUCUCGAACCGCAAGCUCCCAAAAGAUCAGCCGGGCUGCACGACUCCUGGUCCUCUACCCCAUCGCCUACGUCACCUUGUCGCUGCCACUUCCUGCCGCGCGCUUGGCCGUUUGGAGCGGCGCAAAAGUCUCCCUGACAUUUUACUGUAUCGGGGCAACUCUGAUGACAUCUUGUGGAUUUGUCGAUACCAUCCUCUAUACCCUCACACGACGAGUGUUGGUCAGC